GUGCUGCUCGUGUUGCCGCUGGGUACCUUUGCUGCCAGUGCUGAUCCAGCCGGAGGCGAAGAGAAGCACUUUGGGGGCAAAAGAAAAAUGAAGACGGGACAUUUUGAAAUAGUCACCAUGCUGCUGGCAACCAUGAUUCUAGUGGACAUUUUCCAGGUGAAGGCUGAAGUGUUAGACAUGGCAGAUAAUGCAUUUGAUGAUGAAUACCUGAAAUGUACAGACAGGAUGGAAAUUAAAUACGUUCCCCAACUGCUAAAGGAGGAAAAAGCAAGCCACCAGCAAUUAGAUACUGUGUGGGAAAAUGGAAAAGCCAAAUGGGCAGCCCGAAAGACUCAAAUCUUUCUCCCUGUGAAUUUUAAGGAUAACCAUGGAAUAGCCCUGAUGGCAUAUAUUUCUGAAGCUCAAGAGCAAACUCCCUUUUACCAUCUGUUCAGUGAAGCUGUGAAGAUGGCUGGCCAAUCUCGAGAAGAUUAUAUCUAUGGCUUCCAGUUCAAAGCUUUCCACUUUUACCUCACAAGAGCCCUGCAGUUGCUGAGAAGACCUUGUGAGGCCAGUUCCAAAAAUGUGGUAUAUAGAACAAGCCAGGGCACUUCAUUUACAUUUGGAGGGCUAAACCAAGCCAGGUUUGGCCAUUUUACCUUGGCAUAUUCAGCCAAACCUCAGGCUGCUAAUGAUGAGCUCACUGUGUUAUCCAUCUACACAUGCCUUGGAGUUGACAUUGAAAAUUUUCUUGAUAAAGAAAGUGAAAGAAUUACUUUAAUACCUCUGAAUGAGGUUUUUCAAGUGUCACAGGAAGGGGCUGGCAAUAACCUUAUCCUUCAAAGCAUAAACAAGACCUGCAGCCAUUAUGAGUGUGCAUUUCUAGGACUAAAAACCGAAAACUGUAUUGAGAACCUAGAAUAUUUUCAGCCCAUCUAUGUCUACAACCCUGUCACAGGUUCUACUGAUCACUUCACAGGGACUUUAGCUGACUCUUCAACAAAGACAUUUUCUCGGCUCCUUGAGAUCCCUGGUAGACAAGCUAUUUGUAAUGACUUUUCUUAAUAGUGGGGGCAGAGAAUGUUCCAGCUCAUUAGCCAAGGUGAGAAAAACCAGAAGCUUGAAGACCAUAGUGAGAAAAACUGGAAGCUUGAAGACCAUGGUGAGAAAAACCAGAAGCUUGAAGACCAUGCUCCAGGUCCAGUUCCUGUUCCAGGUCCCAAAAGCCAUCCUUCUGCAUCCUCGGGCAAACUGCUGCUUCCACAGUUUGGGAUGGUCAUCAUUUUAAUCAGUGUUUCUGCUAUAAAUCUCUUUGUUGCUCUGUAGUUUGAUGCAUUGUUUAUCUUUCUUAUUCUUUACUUGAAAUAACUAUAGGGAUCCACAGGAGAUCAAAAGGAAUGAUGUAUUUUUUAACGUGUUGGCCAAAGUCACUGGAUAAAAUGAGAAUUGUAUAUUUGUUAUUCAUUUUGCAAAUUCAGAAAGUUGGUCCAGAUAUAUGUCACAGAACUUUUCACUUGUAUACUACUCUUACAAUGGAAAAAAAUCCCAAAAACUGUAUACUUCUGAUUAAAUUCAAUAAAAGAUUUUGAUUAGAUA